CAUGAAGCAGAUGAUCCUUCUGACUGUUCUUCUGAUUGGAUAUGUGAGGCCAGAGUUCACACCAGGAUGUAGUUUCUACAAUGGCCAAUGUUCCUACACUGUUCAGUUAGGUCACCAGGGCCAAUGUAACUUGCCAACAACAGCACAACUCCCGAGUGACUCACCAGCAACAGAACAACCCCCGAGCACCUGCUGUACCAACUUACAAACAGAUAUCGCUGAUCUCAGGAGCUUGGUAGCCGGUUUGACUACUGAUCUCAAAUUACUGAAAGAUAACUAUAAUGUGCUGGAGAAUGAAACCAACGAACUCAACACCACCACAUCUAAUAAAGAUGAUCUACUGCAGUUGCUUCAAGCUAAGGAGGCCGAGUUUAACAAAACCCACGAUCAGAUGGCGGCAGUGCUUCAACAGGCCAGCGCAGAGAUCCACCGACUCAGAGAUGAGUUAGUAACAACUACAAGCCAGCUGAACAACUGUCGUGGAACUCUAGGGUUACAAUCUGGUACAGCUACAGUAGCACCAGUGCUCGAUGCUUCUAUCAAUGUGACGUUUUGUGACUUCCAAACAUCCAACGAAAGUUGUGGUUUUAACACAAAUCGUUUAACUGGAUACAGCUGGAAAUCUCACAGCGGAAGUAUCAACAGUUUAACUGGACCAAUAGAAGAUCACACAUAUGGUUCACAGAAAGGUGUAUACAUGUAUAUGGAUACAGAUAACAGCCCAUAUGGAAACCACGUAUUCCGUGUUUAUAGAAUGGAAUCGAAUUUAAUUUCACCAGCAGCGGCUGUCUGUGUCAGAUUCUGGUACAAUAUGUAUGGUCAAGACAUCAGAACAUUACACAUCUAUGCAAAGAUUGGAAAUGGUAAUGGUUAUCCUGUAUGGACUAAAUCUGGAAAUCAAGGACAAAGGUGGAACCUAGGUGAAGUCAGUCUAGAUUCAGAAUAUACAGCUUCACAUUUUAAGAUAGUUGUUGAGGGAACUACCGAUUCUUAUUACACUUCAUCAUUUAACCACUAUAAUGAACAUGGUGAUAUAGCGUUUGAUGAUUUAUAUAUUUAUAAUACAUCUUGUAACAAUGUCCCAGUAUGCCCACCAGGAUCGGUAAAAACCGAAACAGACAACACUACAUCGUGUUACACAUUCCAUGUCACGCCUACCACAUGGUAUGACGCCGCUAAAACCUGCAGGAGAGAAGGUGUUCAUUCAUCAUUAGUCAGUGUGACGUCACAGAAGGAACAGCUGUUCUUGACCAAUCAUAUCAACGGAGAUGCAGCACUGAAGUCAGCUGGUGUGUACGGUUAUUAUACGAGCGGAAAUGACGAAAGAUCGGAAGGACACUUUGAUUGGACAGAUACUGGGACCCCCUAUACGUCAACAUACACGGAUUGGCACCUUGGACAACCCAACAACGUCGCGGAUAACCAGGACUGUUUAUUGCUUCAAUAUUCCGAUGCUAAUUUUGAAUGGGGUGACAUAGAUUGUUUAACCAAACAUCCUUUCAUCUGUGAAACGCGACUUCCGACAUCUCAAUCUUAA